AUGAGCACUUGCUCCUCGAACGGUGGCACGACUAUUGACGGCGCAUACCCCGCCGAUGCAUACAAUGCCAAGUACUGCCCCAAAUUACCUUGUAGCAGUGGCGGCAACUGUCGCUGGUCAAGCGAUUGCGCCGGCACAGUUGCUUCGGAGCACUGUCCGGGUCCGAGUGGGUUCAAGUGCCGAUCUUCGUCAGCCAGCGGCUCCGGCGGCUACGACGUUCCUUUAAUCCCACCCGUCGGUACUCGCGCGGCCCUUCCCCGGUAG